UGAACAAUCAUGAACAAAUGAUGAACAAACGAAUUAAUAGAAAAUAAGUAUAAAAUAGGAAAAAAAAAUUUUUUUGAGGGGCUAACUUCAUUCACCUGUAGAUGAAAUAGAUCGCUUCUAAUCUUCGCUAGAAGUACAUUAAUUAAUAGUGUUCUGUGCAAUUGUGUAUGUUGUCUUUUGCAAGGUGUCUUUUGUUCUGUUUUUGAAUAAAUUAUCAUAUUUUUACACUGUGUAAAAUCUAGUGUUCUAAUACUUUACUCAUUUAAUUUUGUUUAGUAUGUAUUAGAAAAUACUGGUAGGUAAAAUACCUUUAAAUAUUUAUUUUUUUGCUAAAAACCGAUAAAAAAUUUAAAUUUACACAAUAAAAUUCACGUCCAGGUAAAUAGUGCCUAUAAACAAGUCAAGGUAUGUAUGUAGUCUUGAACUUUUUACUUGGAUUUGCGUCAAUCUUUAUUUAUUCAAUAACUGUUAACAUAAUAGCCAUUCCUUUAUCUUCUUCUUCUUUUUUUAAAUAUAAAAAUGAAUUGCUGUUCGUUAGUCUCGCUAAAACUCGAGAACGGCUGGACCGAUUUCGCUAAUUUUGGUCUUGAAUUAUUUGUGGAAGUCCAGAGAAGGUUUAAAAGGUUAGAUUAAUAUGAAAAUGAUCGGAAUUAAAUAAAAAUAACAAUUUUAUUUUUCCUUUGAUGUGUCCCCCGUCGGACGGAUUCCUUUUGUUUAUUUUAAGUUUAUUUUACACCAGCGGGGGUCGCAGGUUUGAAUCCCGCCAAGGGAAGAUAUUUGUAUGAUAAUAAAUAUAAAAUGUCUUUUCCAGGGUUAUGGAUGUAUAUUAAAUAUGUGUAUGUGUAUAAUAAAAAUCGUAUAUUGAUUUCUGUUAACUGGUACCUGUAACACAAGUUCUUUACGAACUUAUCACGGGACCAGUUAACGUGGCGUGACUGUUAGUAAAUAUUUAUUUAUUAUUUUAUACAAAAGUUUAGGUCUCUUAUUUAUCGAUUGAGGCACUACGAAGUCUGCCGGGUCAGCUAGUUUCUAAUGAAAAACUAGUACUGAACAAGCUAUAGUCCUUUUGUUUUACCACUUGGCUCCAAGCAAUUAGUAGUUACUGAAGCCCAUAAAGCUCACCAUAUGAAUCCUGCUGCAUACCGAAAUGGUGAAAGUUUUGAACUAGAACGCCCAAAUGCCUCAUGGUAGAUAUUAGUAAAAUAAAUAAUACCCACGGAGAACAGAAAGAAUUUGGAAAGGAUAUUUUUCCUCCUCUAAUAGGCAAAAGAAUACAGUUCCAGAUGAGUUAAAGAAAUGUAUGCAGUACAUAGAGACCUGGGUUUGUCUACCAAUAUGCUAUAUUGAUUAGCCAGAGAGCAUUAUUAGUAUCCUGGAUACAUCUUAUCAAACUUUGGGUUUGGGUACUCCAAACGACACAUCAGCUGCUAUAAAAAUACAACAAUGUCAUCUUUCAAAACAUUGGAUAAUAGUUUCUGGUUGUGUAACAUGUUUAUCUUCCAUUGAUUAACAAAGGUCAAAUGGUUCAAAUGAGUAUGAAUUGAAAUUGAUGAAACUACUAGUCUAAGAUCCUACCUUAAAACAAACAUUCUUCAACUAGUUGGCUAGCAAAAUAUAUAUUUCAUACAAUACAAAGAAGGUAUAUAUAAAAAAAUGCUACUCGAAAAGUUGCCACUAGGUUCCACAUCUGCCUAGAUCUGGGUCAACAUUGGUAGAGGACACUCUGGAUAAGACGAGUGUCUUGACCAUGGGGUGGCCUGAUGAGUAAAGAAUAGUGCACAGUGCAUUGAACUUGCUCAAAAGCAUUUUCUCUCAAAAUUGAAUCCCAAAUGACCAGCAUGCAUAAGGCACCUUUCUAUCCCUUGAACCACGGAUCUGAGGCUAAAAGUGUGAAGGGAUGGGAUGAAAAAAGCUGAAGACCAUCUUUUGCGUUGCACAAUAGUAAUAGAUGCCUUCCAAAAUAUUGGGAGAGGACUAUCCUUUAUUGAUAGCAAGCGAGACAGUUUAACAAAAUGGUGUCUUUAUGCAUUUAGCUAUUGUCAAAAAGAUUCUGCGAGCUUAGAUUCACAUUUAUUGUAUACAUUUUUAAUAAUAAAUUUGAUGAUGGAAGGUAAAAUAAAGCAAAAUCCCAUAUCAUUAUGCAGUUAAAUAACUUCUUUGUUGCAAGGCUUAUCCACCACUAUACACCUAGUAUUGCUAAUCUUCACAAUCGACCACUUCUUGUGAAUUUCGAAACAUUAUUAUAGUUUUUACUUGUUUGCCUAAAUGGAGUAAAUUAAAUAUUGGCAAAAGAUUGUACCAUCAUCAACAAUAAAAAAAAUUUUUUAUGUCGCCAUUCAAGGUCGAUCGUUUCGGUCGUAUGACAACGUAUGAAUUUGAUUACAUUAAUAAUUAAUGAGUCGAAUCUCGGUUGACGUCACGAUUUGACAUGUGGGGUCCACGUGUCUUAAAAUUUACAUUCCGAUGUCGUAUGUAGUACACUUGAAAACAAUUUUCUGACAAGAGAACAAAUAGCUACACAAUGAGAUAGGUGCCACUAUUGGCUCUUUAGAAUAACAAAAUUCAUAGAAGAUAUUUCCUUUUUGUUUCGCGCGUGUUUUGCUCUGAAUAUGGAAUUGACGUGUUCGCUUUGCAAAAAAACUACGAAACAAAAUGAAAUCAUUGUUACAACAACGUGCGGGCAUAUAUUUCACGAUGAUUGUAUACAAGAAUCGUUGAAAAGCUCCCACACCUGCCCGGAAUGUCACAAACCUAUUAAAAAUGAAUCCUUACUGCGUUUAUAUUUAAAUGUAGGCGACGAAAGUUUGGAAAUUGAGUCCGAAAUCAAAUACCUUAGUUUGAAACUGAAAAAAAUACAACAAUUACUGAAAAAAGACGAAAAAGAAUGUGAAGAUUGGAACAGAGCAAUAACAUCAGAACGUGACUGUUUGAAUUCAAUAACGAAGCAAUUAGAGAUGUUUAAAAAAAAUUACAAUGAUAUAGAAGCCUCAAACCCAAUGAGUCGUAAAGAAAUGCAAGAUCUAUAUACAGAAUUAAAAGAAUUUAAUGCGGAUCGAAUUGAAGAUGUAGAGCUUGUGGUGGAAACACUAUCGACCAUGCUCACCGAAUAUGGAAGGAUGAAUAGUUCAAAUGAACAAAAAGCUAGAUGCUAUCAAAGAAGAAUGGCUGAGCUUAAAGCGAACGUGCGAACGUUAAAGAGUCGAAACUUAGGGGCUUCAGCUCUGAUCAAGACGUGUAAUUCUUUGACCAAUAAUUUACGGCCGGUCAUUGAAGGAAUUGGCAGCUUGCUUCAAGAAAAUUAAAAUGAAAAUUUCACACUUAUAAGGCCAGCAUAAAAGACGACAAGAAUAUGCUGCUACCUGCUUGUUCAGUUUGUCACGAAAAUAUGAAGCAAUGGGAAACCAUUCUUUCAACAACAUGCGGUCAUUUGUUCCACAGUAAUUGCAUACACAAAUGGCUGAACAGCUCUACGACCUGUCCCCAAUGCCGCCACGAUUGUGAUAAAACAUCCAUAAUACGCGUGCAUUUAACAUUCAACUACGAGGGAGAACCAGAAGCGGUCUCCAAACUGAAACAGGCGAUCUCCGAAAUCGAUAAAAGUAAAAGAGAAUUAAAACUUAUAAAAACGAAAUGUAAAAUGUUGAAACGUGAUGCGGAGAAACAAAGUAAGGCCUCAAAAAUGUUACGGGAGGAAUCGAAUAUGUAUGAAAAGAAAAUAAUAGAAAUUAAAAAUAAUAAGAGUCGCAACGAAAUGCUAGCAAGAUACACGGAUGCAAAAACAUGGAAUCAGUCUCUAAUAGAAGAUGUACUUCGUAUUAUAGAAAAACUCUCCGAUGUAAUCACCGAAUACGGGAGGGCCAAUGGUUCCCACGAGGGAGCGAUGGGACCCCAUCGAAUAGCAGUGGCCAAUUUUAAAACGAAUAUAAAAACUUUAAGCAGAAGUAACUUAAAUAUUGGAACUAAAGUAAAAAUCGGUCAGUCUAUGACGAAAAAUUUACGGAUCGUCAUCGAGAGUUUCAGGGGUUUGCUCAAAGCAUACGUCACACGCCGAAAGCAGAUUGCUGCAGGGGUGUUCAUUUAGAACAUGCCAGGCUACAUCCAGUGGCAGUGGUAUGAAGAAAGAAGAGAAGAUCUGGAGGGGACGACCAUCCCUCCCUCACCUCCUGGGAAUGGACCCACCAUUAUAUUAUAUUAUGAUCAGAACCAUACAGAUCAUCAUCGUCACUCAUCUCAUAAAUCCAACUCAUCACCAAUCAUUUGAAUGUCUCAUUACCUCAUCACAUCUUAACCAUCGCUUCAACCAUAUCAUUUCAUUGGCUCAAGAAAAUGACCAACAAGCAUAAUCAUCAGUCCUGCCUCGUUAAGCAAGGAGUUCAAGCCCGGGCAGAGGAGACUGCUCUGAAGCCCGACCCGUGCCCCGUGCAAGGGGACACGAAGACCCAACGACAGGCAGUGGCUUCUUUGUGGUUUGGAAUUGCUGAUGUCCAUGGACGACUGUGGUCAUUUACCAACCGGCGAGACAUAUUCUGCUUUCCACGUAUGUCUAGGUUCUAAUUAAUAGCCGAACAGACUCGUGUGGUGUGAGAUCAUCUGGCUACUUUACUGACGUUAGCGCACUGGUUCGUAUCAUUGAUUCAUUCGAAGCUAAUUAAUUGAAAUUAUUGAUAAGCCGAAUUCCUUGAUAAAAAGUGACGUUAAUGAUACGAAUACAUUUGGCGAACGUCUGAAUCCCCUAAAUCCUGUAGGUACCUCAUCAGCGAAAAUUGGCAACAUUCAAGUGGAAAAGCAAAACCCGCGGACUUUUUGGCGGGAACGCGAGGAGUGAAGUUGUGUGAUUUUUUUUAUUUUGUCUAUUUAGUGUUUCUUUGGGUUUAAAUGUGUAAUAAUGGUGGUUUAUUAACUGUUUAAUAUCUGUGAAAGUGCACAAAUGUGGGCUAGACGUAACUUCUCGGGAUCCUCCAAAAAGUCCACUGAAAUUUUUUUUAGUAAAUUACCCCCAUUUUACUGAGAUUAUAUUGCAUCUCAUUUAACUGAGAUUAUAUUGCAUCCCAUUUCAUUUCAUUUCAUCCCAGUUGAUUAAUGUCUCAAAUUAAUCAUCUUCAUUUCAUUUCACUCCAUAAUAUCAUUUUUCAUAAAAAUAUGAAUGUAAAUUAAAAUAAGACAUGACUUAAAGGUCUUACUAGGUCAUAAUAUACCUUUAAAAAAAAAGCAAAAGACCCGCUGGUACCGUAGGUUACCUAUUAUUUUUUAAGUUUAUAUAAACUUCGGAAAUUCAGUACUGAGAAAGACAGUGAAAAAAAAUUGUGUGGCUGUUUGUGAAGAAAUACUGAUUUUGGCUAUUUGGCUUAGGCAAACGGAUCAUAGUUGUAAUUUUGGGGCGUGUGAAGCCACGUGCAUUUAUUUUCGUUGAGGAUGUGUUAUAUUUCAGUUCAGUCAACCAAAGAAGUGUAACUUCUUGCGUGCGUACAUAAGUACAGAAGUUUUUUUAUGAAUUUUUGUUUAUAUAUUAUGUUUUUUGGGGUUAGGGAAGUUAAAAACUGUCCAACCUUUUGCUUAGCUAUAUGGUCGGAGGAACACAUUUUAAUCCAUUUUCUAUAGUACAAGGUAGUCAUAAAGCAUAAUAUUUAAUCAAAAAGGUUUUCAGUCUCCAGUGAUUAGCACCAGUGACUUAGUAAAAUGUUAUUAUUAUUAUUUUUCUUUUUCUUUCAAGUAAAGAUGUAUGCAAAGUAAUCGAGUUGAAUGUUUAUUGCUAUAAUUUUAAUUAAAAAAAAUUUUGUCUUGGGUUUUUAUUUUUCUUAAAAUCGUGUGCCUCGAAAACUUAAGAAAUAAUAUGUUAGUUCAUGUAUCGAAAUAAGUUUCAUUUUAUCCAUCAGUAGGGUAAAUAGUGUAUGCCCAAUUAGCAGCCGCGAGUUGUCGACAAGAGACUAAUGUGUCGGAACUUAAUUGUGACGGCGACUUUUACGAAUGAACUCUAAUUGACCAGCUUUGCAAGUUCUACUUCAAAGCGUUUGUUAAACGUAUUUAUGUAGUUUUUAUUUUUAUAUAAUCUACCUCAUAGAUAAGAUAGAUUUACGUGCUCUGUUAUUGUAUCAAUGAAUCGUAAUGACAGUACAAUACCUAAUUUUAAUUAUUGAUAUAAUGUUAUUUUAAUAUUCUUUGCUUAAUUUCUUGAUUUUAUUAUAUAUUUAAUGUUUAUAUUUAAUGUGUAUGCAUCUGAUAGUUUUGUAUUAUAGCAUAACAUCUUUCGAAUAAGAUUCGUUACUAGUUUUAGAUAAACACAUAAAAUGUCUAGUGAGUCACUGAAAGCUCACAAUUUUUAAACAAAUUAAACCUCGUCAGCUAUACGUCACAGAAACCUUUUUUUAUUUUUCAUUUGAUAUCUUAAAAUAUAUAAAAUUUAUGAAAACAUUCUAUAAUAAUUAGACUUUUCUUAAAUUCCGAGAUAAACUUUGAAAACAAAAAUAAAAUAGUUUAUUUCUUAAUUACCUUCUGCAUUUUUCGAGUUAAAUAUGAUUAUAAUGUAUAUAAAAGAUAUAUCAUGAACAAGCAAUUGUUGCAUUAACAAGCAAUUGAAAUGUAAAAAAAUGUUAUCUUAGUGUUUUAUGAUAUGUUUUUUAGCAUUUAAUAAAUAUUUUGAAUAUUA